AAUGGCAUCAUCUCACACACUCUAUAAUUUCAGCUGUAGUUUUUGACAUAGCCAUAUUUUGUGAAAAUAUAUCGUCGAUAAUAUUCAAUUUGAUAUUGCUAGCCUGUUAGCUAGCCAUGCAAACCACAGGUAUCUGCUCUACCAAAGAUACUGUAUAAAACCAAGAUGGCGGACCCUGUACUUUAGAUAGCAACAACGAAAGUUAUAUUCUUGCAUGGUUACACCUAAAGUUUUUACCAUUAGAACUUAUUUAUUGAUGAGUUAAGCAACUACGCGGACUUCUCCGUCUGACCGGUGCUCUCCAGGCCUGUGGACACAGGGAUGCUGUGUGUUCCUCUCCCUGCCAGAGAUGGACAGCAGUCCCGCGCUCUACAUGUGCUUCCGCUGCUACCAGCUCUUCGACUCCCUGGACGACGUGCUCUUCCACCAGUACGACCUUCACCCCAACGAUCUGGGGGACGAGGGGUCCCUGACUUUGGCCCCCGGCCCGCAGACCGAGUCAGAUGAGCUCUUCCAGUGCGUCCCGUGUUGGGUGCUCUUCUCAUCUCAGGAAGAGCUGACCCAGCACCGCCGGAGCAGCGGCUGCAGCCAGCACGAACCCAGCCCAGACGGGACCGCCGCAACCCAACCCGCCUCGGGCCCGACCCAGCAGAGCCCCGCCGCGGCUGAGCAGGACCGCUGGAGGACCCCGCGCGCCCCCUCCGGCCCAGAGCAGCCCGCGCAGACGGGCCUGGGCGCGGGCGGGCCCGGCUCUGCCAGCCUGAUCCAGUUCCAGUGCGGGGACUGCGGGCGUCUGUUCGAGUCGCUCGGCCCCUGGCUGCAGCACCGCAAGCUGAACGAGUGUCGCGCGACUGCGGCGCCGGAACCGGCCGGAGAAGUGCCCAAUGAGAACCGGGGGGCGGGGCCAGAGCCCGAGCCGUCGGAGGGCGGGGUCGCGGAAGCCCCGCCCCCGGACGCCCAGGCCGCGGAGGCCGAGGAAGAGCCGACGGACUCGCGCGGCGCCCAGGAGGGCGGGGCCGGGGCCGGGGAGGAAAACGGGGGGGACAGGCCGCGCGCGGCGGGCGGGAGGAGGAGGAAGAGCGCCACGCCCGCCGCCGCCGCCGCCGCCGCGCCCUGCCGGAGCUUCCUGUGCGGCGAGUGCGGCGCCGGCUUCAACUGGCAGCCGGCGCUGGUGGCGCACCGCAGGACCGAGCACGGCCUGGAGGGGGCGCUGCACCACUGCCUGGAGUGCGGCGAGAGCUUCAUGAACACCGCGCUCUUCGUCCAGCACUGCAAGAAGCACCGGGACUGGCUGGCCCGGAAGCCCCGGGCCAAGAGGAAGAGGAGCCUGCAGCAGAGAGUGGAGAAUGGAGGACGGGAGAAGGAGAUAAUCAGAAAAAGGCCCACGAAGAGGAGGCUGAAGGAGAAGGCUCCCACGUCCGCCCUCGAACCCGGGUCCGAGGCCGCCGCCGCCGCCGCCGCCGACCGCCUCCCCCCGGCGCGGAAGCCCCGGAGGAGGCGGGGCGCGCCCCUGGAGUGCCCCCAGUGCCGGCGGACCUUCAGCAACCCGCGCUACCUCCGCGCCCACGUCCUGGGCCACUCGGGCCAGAAGCAGUUCCGCUGCGAGACGUGCGACAAGCGCUUCACCUACCAGAACAACCUGCGGCGGCACCGGCUGCUGCACACGGGCGACCGGCCCUACAUGUGCGACCGCUGCGGCAAGACCUUCACGCAGUCCAGCCACCUGAAGGACCACCUGCGCAACCACGAGCGCGGCCUCGGCUGGGCGCGGCCGCGCGGGCGCGGCGCGCGGGACCACGAGUGGGCCGACGUGGGGCCCAAGCUGCCGCACCCCUGCCCCGACUGCCCGCGCAGCUUCAUGGCGCGCGCCCAGCUGCUCAUGCACAGGAAGAUGUGCCCCAUCUGCGAACGCUCCUUCAAGUGGCGGGGCUCCCUCCCCGCCCACAUCGUGCGGCACACGGACAGCAAGCUGUUCAGCUGCGACGUGUGCGGGAAGACCUUCUCCUACCAGACCAACCUGGCCCGCCACCUCAUCAUCCACACCGGCACGCGGCCCUACGCCUGCCGCCACUGCGGCAAGACCUUCAACCAGUCCAGCAACCUGCGCCAGCACCUGCUGGUGCACGCCAAGGCCGGCGCCCGCCGCCGGGCCGCCGCCGGGGACGACGGGGCCGAGGCGAGGGCCGAGGGCGGCGAGCCGGAGGCCCAGCUGCUCCACGCCUGCCCCGACUGCCCCGUCAGCUUCAAGACCUUCGGCCAGCUGCAGAAACACAGGCUCGGUCACGCUGGUCAGGACUCCUUCCUCUGCUCUGUCUGUGGCCUGGAGCCCUGCAGCUGCCAGCAGCCAGGCGACCAGUGUUCCGCCUCACAGCCAGACGCGGAGGCGGAGUCUCUGUCGUGCCCGAGGUGCUCCGCCCCGUUCGACAGCCAGGCGGCGCUGGAGGGCCACGCCCCGGGCUGCGCGGGGGACGCGGGCGGGCGGGGCCCGGGGGGCCGGCGGGGGCGGCGGCGGCGGCGGGGCGCGCGGCAGGCGGAGUGCGAGCUGUGCGGCCGCUGCUGCGCCUCCCCGGAGGAGCUGGAGCUCCACCAGCUCUCCCACGUGGGCCAGGCCCAGCGCCAGUGCCCGCUGGCCCCCUGCCAGCGCCGCUUCGCCACCAGCGCCGCCCUGCAGAACCACCUCUUCUCGCACUUCCCCGGGCCCACCUGCCAGAACCCGCGGCCCGAGGGCCUCCUGGACCCCACCGCUCCCCCCCACCAGGAGGAGACCGAGGUGGAGACCACGGUGGCAGUGCUUCCGCUGUGGGAGGUGUUCCCCGCGGAUCCCGGGGCUGCAGGCCCGUGAGCGUAUCCACGGAGACGUGCGUCCGUUCUGCUGCCGCCAGGGCACUUCACCAGCGCAGGUGGGCAGCGGGAUGAAGCUCUCUGUGUGCCCCCCCUGCCCGCUGCCCCCAGAAAUGCCCUCCGCUUCAGCCUGAGCCUGAACCACACAGAGCCUCGCUGGGCCUCAACCAGCGGACACAGGGUUCAAUGAGCUGGGAGUCCAGCUCAACUCUCAGUUAGUCAUAGCGAUGAGCGGUGUUAGGCUUACUGUGCAGUGGGGAAUAAGGAUGAGGAACGAAGGGCAGAAAGGGAGGGAAAGGAAACAGCAACUGUGUUAAGUGUGAUGGGGGAGAGGGAAUGUUCUAGUUUGUUAAGUUAGAGGACAGUUUAAGAAGAGCGGGUUGAGUUUUCUGCUUUGUGUACAGACUGUAUAGUUUGUUUUACCAGAUUUUGACACUUUGGACUUGAGUGACUGUAAAAGAGGUUGCAUUUCGUUAAUAAAAAUGCCUCAGUAUUUUA